AUGUCGCUAUUUAACUCUUUGUACUGUUCUCCGUGUGGAAAACUUUAUGGUAAUAUGUUGAACAAACACUUGCGAAUCUCAUCCAAAUUAUUCAGAUGAAGACGUGCGCCGUCCGUGCGUCGGCACCUGCCUCCACUCGAUUUGUUGUCAGUGCCAACGUCUUCUGCACCCGAAGAACUGUCCGAUUUGUCAGGAAGCGAAUGCAUUCGCGGAGAGAAUCGUCAAUAUUCAGAGUAUUGGCGUGCUGCAGACGAUCCGAGAGCAGCUGACCGAAGAGAACUACUCAAAGUUUUCAAGGGAUCUUGAGGUUUCUUUGCAAAUUCUUCCCGCUUUUCAUUUAUUUCUUCAUUCAGUUCUUGGAUUGUGGAGGAUGUUCCGAGUGUUCGGCCGACGCGAAGAAACUCCGAAUCUGUGCAACGUGUGCCACAGACUCUGGAAUCCUAAUUUCUAUGCGAGAUGAACAAGGCGACCGGAAUUGGCGUCUCAACUCGCCGUCCGAGCUCUCGGAGCAGCAAUUUCUGUGCGCGAAACGUCGGGCGAUUUGUGCGGACUGUGUUCUGGACGGAGCUCAUCGCGAGCACGACAUCAUAAUGCUACGGACCAUCGAGAAUGUGUCCGAAUUCAUGGAGCUCAAGUACUUGCUCGGGUUGGGACUGCUCCUGCGGCUCAAACUGGACGAGGAGCCCGAGAAGUGCGAGUACCUGGCGAGCACUGUGAACUUUUAUCGAAGAGUCGCGCAUGAAUUCGAUUUGUGGAGCAAACUUCGAUCAAAAGUGGUGCCGAACAGAGAUGUCUCUUUCUCUUUUGUGUCUGACACUAUUCAAUGGAAAGAUAAUGCGAAGAAUCCGUCUGAAAAGAUCAAACAAGUUCAGAAGAGAAAUGAUCAACUGCGAGAAGUGAUGUUAAAGUGUCAUCGAGCAAACUUCGAAGAGUACUUCCAAUUCGCAAUUGGCUAUGAGCAAAAAGUUGUGAAUUCUGAUUCUGAAGAGAAGGAAAAGUGGAAAAAGACGUUACAUGAAAUGAGGGUGGUGAGGGAAAAGCUGGCGGAGCGGUCGGUUUGUGAACUGGAGCCAUCAAAGUUCGAGGCGAUUGAGAAGGAAAUUGAGAAGAAGAUGUUGGAGUUGGAGAAUGGCCAGAAGAGGGAAUCGCACUUGGAAGUGGAGAAAGAUUCCAAGUUCUUCAAGUACCGAGCUCUGAUUCAAGAGCUCAAAGAAGCCGAGCAAGAGGUCAAGGACACGGAGCAAAAAGUGUUGAUGGAGAGCAAAAGGAAUCACGAGAAAGUAUUGAAAGAGGAAAAGGAGGACGCCGAACCGACGCGUCGGAACAUAACUCAUCUGGAGCAGUUGGAAAGGUAUCUGCGGGUCGAGGAGCUGAUCGCGAAGCGGUUGGAAGCAUCCCAUCGACAAUUGCAGGCGCAGCUCAUGAAGUUGAAGUACUUUCGAAAGGUGCCGGGCAUCGGAUACGAAGACGACAUCUAUAUUGAUUUGAUCGAUGAGGUUGAUGUACAAGAGGACUUUUCUUUUGAUAUCAUAAAAUAG